AUGUCUGCUGAGAAACGUGAGUUGGAGGAUUCCGGAUCCAAUGGUGAAUUGAAGAGACAGGAUGUCUCAUUUAGCAAAGGUAUUGCACAUAUUAAAGCAGAGUUCAUUGCUAAGUCCAAUGACAAUUCUCAAUUUCAACAGGCUUACAAUGAUGAAGAAAUUGCUGAUGCUGACCGUAUUGGUGCAGAAGGUGGUAAAAAUUCUAGGAAGCAUAAGAAGAAACAAAGAGGUCAGAAUAAGAGUAGAGAUAAUAGACAGGUUAAAGAAGAGAAAGUAUUGUGUCCCAAAUACAUUCAAGGAUAUUCUGAAGAUGGCGAAUCGUUGUGUCAAUUUGGAGAUAAAUGUAGAUUUGUUCAUGAUAUUAAGGAAUAUUUAUCUCAUAAAAAGCCUGAAAUUGAGCUAGACCAAUUUAAAAUUUGUCCAGUUUUCGAUGCCUUGGGUUUCUGUCCAAUGGGGUUCAAAUGUAGAUUCAUGUCUAGUCAUUUCGACAAGGAAAACUUCAAGUUGGUCAAAAGAGGUACCGAUGAAGAACGUCAAAAGUUAUGGUCGUUGGAUCAUGAAGUUAACCGCAUUACUUCAGAGGAAAAAUUAUCUUUGAUCAAAAGACGUUUCCCAUUUACAAAAAGUAACGAAGUAUUAGAUAUCAUUGAUUCCAUCCAACAAGAGUUCAGAGAUAUCACAGCUCCAAAGGUUUCAAAGGAAGAAGCUUCCGAGGAUAAACCAAAGGAUUCUAAUGAGGCAGAGGUUGCUCCACAAGUUUUGCAAAGAGAAGAAGAAUUGAAGAAAAAAAGAGAACAUCAACGUGAGUUAUACUUGAAAUAUAAAGAUACAAGAUAUUUUGCUCAAGAGAAGAAGGAUUUGGAUUUGAGACGUAAGAAAAUCGUGUCACCUUUAACUACUGUUGGUAACUUACCUUACCGUCGUUUGAUGAGAAAGCUUGGUGCCGACGUCACCUAUUCCGAGAUGGCCUUGGCCGUGCCUUUGAUCCAAGGUACUAACUCUGAAUGGGCACUACCAAAAGCUCAUUCCACCGAGAUUCCUGGAUUUGGUGUCCAAAUCGCCUGUUCAAAAGCAUGGCAGGCAGCCAAAGCUGCUGAAGCUCUAGCCAAAUUCACUCCAGAUAUCAACGAAAUUAAUUUGAAUUCAGGAUGUCCAAUAGAUCUUUUGUAUAGACAAGGUUCAGGUAGUGCUCUAUUGGAUAAUCCAGCUCGUAUGAUCCGUUGUUUGAAUGCAAUGAACUAUGUCUCAGAUUCUAUCCCUAUUACUGUUAAGAUCCGUACCGGUACUAGAGAUUCCCAUCCUGUAGCUGACACUUUGGUAAAAAGACUUGUCUAUGAAACGGAUGUCGCUGCUAUUACUUUGCAUGGUAGAUCAAGGCAACAAAGAUACACUAGAGUUGCAGACUGGGAUUAUGUCUCCACAGUUGCUAAAUCUUUGAGAGAAAGUGAAGCAAGUUUCCUUGAAUCUGCAGAGGGUAAAGAAAGUCGUGAAUCCAAGAGAAGAAUUCAAUUUGUUGGUAACGGUGAUGUUAACAACUUUGAAGACUGGCACAGAAUCUUAAAUAACGAUGAAAACAUCGAUAGUAUCAUGGUAGCCCGUGGUGCUUUGAUAAAACCAUGGGUUUUUGAAGAAGUUGAUGCUCAACAACAUCUAGAUAAAUCUAGUACAGAAAGAUUAGAAAUAUUAAGAGAUUAUGCACAAUUCUCAAUGGAGCAUUGGGGAACUGAUGAAUAUGGUAUUGCCCAAUGUCGUAGAUUCUUCUGUGAAUUCAUGUCAUUCUUUCAUAGAUAUAUUCCAAUAGGUAUAUGUGAAAGAUAUCCAGUUCAAUUGAACGAAAGACCACCAAACUGGGUAGGAAGAGAUGAUCUAGAAACUCUAAUGGGUAGUACAGAUGCCAGAGAUUGGAUCAAGUUGAGUGAAAUGUUUUUCGGUAAAGUUGAAGAAAGCUUCGUUUUCACUCCUAAGCACAAGAGUAGUUCAUUCCCAUCUGCUUAA